UCUCAACAGCACAUAAGUUUGAACGUCUCAGUGUCACUGUCACUUCUGUUUCCUCUGGGAUGGACUCAUGACAGAGAAUUUCUAAAAUCUGAAACCCGACAGACAUCGGUUUGGAACCAUGGGCGACUGGUCCUAUCUGUCCACCCUGCUUGACAAAGUCCAGUCUCACUCCACUGUAGUGGGGAAGAUUUGGAUGAGCGUCCUUUUCCUCUUCAGGAUCUUCGUCUUGGGUGCAGCAGCAGACAAAGUCUGGGGAGAUGAAGUGUCAGAGUUCUACUGUGAUACGCAUGAACCAGGAUGUAAACAUGCCUGCUACAACUGGAAGUUUCCCAUUUCCUACGUCCAUUACUGGGUCCUGCAGAUCACCUUUGUGUCCACACCCACCCUGGUCUACCUGGGCCAUGCAGUUCACAUCAUUCACAAAGAAAGGCGACUGAUGGAGCAGCUGAAGGAGGCAUCUCAGGGAACUGUACUGAAGAAACCCAAGUACACGGAUGACAGAGGGAAGGUGAAGAUAAGAGGGAUCCUUUUCUGCACCUACAUGAUCCAGUUGAUUGUUAAGAUCCUCCUGGAAGUGGGCUUCACUGUGGGUCAGUUCUACAUCUUUGACUCUGUUUUCAUGGACAGCUUCUACCACUGUCAGCUGUCUCCACCUUGUGCCCGUUACACUGGAGCCCAGUGUUACAUCUCUCGUCCAAUGGAGAAGACCAUCUUUAUCUUUUUUAUGUUUGGAGUUUCAGGCAUUUCAGUGCUUCUCAAUGUGGUUGAGAUAAUUUACCUGAUCCACAGCAAGAGGCGAGGUGCCAGAAAACAACUUUUAGGUCACCAGCAUGCACUCAGCUCUCAGCACCAGCUAUCAAACCCAGCCUGGGAGGCCAUGAGCAGCCAGUGUGGAGGUUUUCCUCUGCUGCCUCUGCCCACUCACGGCCCACUGGGCCUUAGAGAUGAGCUGAAAGACAAAGAAACCUGAUGCUGAAUGUCAGAUUUUAACAUCUGCUUUAUUAUUCUAAGAGUGAAUACUGACUGUCAUCACAUACUUACUGGUUGGAUUGUGUGAAGGUUCGGAGUGAAUCAAAUUAAUGCAAUCUGCUUCAGUAUGACUGUUUGUAGUUUCUAAGUUCACUCAGAUAAGAUCGGUGAUGGAAAAGCUCUUCACUGACAGAAAUAACUUUACUGAAUAUACUGUAUUUGGAAAAUGUUAAACGGAGAUACAUUCUGCCAUAAAUGAUUGAAUCUGAUUAACUUAACACAUUUUCUCAAAUAUAAAACAUUAAAAACUUUGUAAUAAAUUCAUUAACCGU